GGGCGGAGCCGCGCAGAGUUUCAAACCGGCUGUGGUGGGCAAGGAGCAGCUGUGCUCGGGGUGUGAUCCGCGUUGGUGCUGUCGGGGUCUAGUGGACAGAGAAGACUCUUGGCCAGACAAAUGGCUUCUCGGUGGCAGAGCAUGGGGACCUCUGUGCGCCGGAGAGAUCUCCGGCACCAGGAGCAGCUGGAGGACAGCAAGGAGCUGCAGCCUGUGGCCAGCCAUCAGGAGACCUCUGCAGGGGCCCUGGGGUCUCUGUGCAGGCAGUUCCAAAGGAGGCUGCCCCUGAGAGCCGUCAACCUCAACCUCUGCGCAGGCUCCUCCUGGAAACGCCUGGAAACCCCAGAGCCAGGUCAGCAGGGCCUCCAGGCUGCAGCUCGCUCAGCUAAGAGCGCUUUGGGUGCCAUGUCCCAGAGAAUCCAGGAGUCCUGCCAAAGUGGCACCAAGUGGCUGGUGGAGACGCAGGUGAAGGCCAGGAGGCGGAAGAGAGGAGCGCAGAAGGGCAGUGGAUCCCCAGCUCACAGCCUGAGCCAGAAGAGCACUCGGCUGUCUGGAGCCGCCCCUGCCCACUCAGCCACAGAGCCCCGGGAGACGGAGCAUCACCACCUCUCUGCCCGGAUGGGCUCACGUGCCCACCCAUCACGGCGGUCAAGGCGGGAGGCUGCCUUCCAGAGCCCCUACUCCUCAACAGAGCCCCUCUGCUCUCCCAGCGAGUCUGACAGUGACCCAGAGCCUGUGGGGGCGGGAAUUCAGCAUCUCCAGAAGCUGUCCCAAGAGCUAGAGGAAGCCAUUAUGGCGGAAGAGAGUGGUGACAUCGUCUCUCUCAUUCAUGACUGAGGAAGUGCCUGCAGGAAAGAAGCCCUGUCUGACCGCCAAGUCUUCGUACUCAAGGAUGUCUAUGCUUCCCCGUGAGCUUCCCGGAGGAAACCCCCAGGAGUUGUCAGUACCCCCGGGCCACUGCUAACAAGCACCUAACAAGGGGCCCAGAGCCCCCUGCUCCGGCCACAUCUGGACCCAUCAGUGACUGCCUGCCACAGCCUGAGAGUGUCUUGGGGAGACCUUGCAGAGGGGGAGAAUUGUUCCUUCUGCUUUCCCAGGGGACUCUUGAGCUUAGAAACUCAUCGUACACUUGACCUUGAGCCUUCUAUUUGCCUCAUCUAUAACGUGAAGUGCUAGCCUCAGAGGUUUGAGAGCUCUUAGCUGUGUACCCAGGUGUCUGGUUUUUGGGGAGUCAUCCGCAGAGUCACUCACCCACCGUGUUUCUGGUGUCAAGGCUCUUGGGGGCCCCAUUGUCAUCCCUGCUUUCCCUACCAGGGACUCGGAGGAAGGCAUAGGAGAUAUUUCCAGGCUUCCGACCCUGGGCUCACGGCUUUCUAUUUAUACGCUCAAGGCGGAGUACUGUGGGUGUGCCGGGAGGGGUAGCCCUGUUCAAAAGCAAUUUCUGCCCUUUGUAAAUUAUUUAAGAAAACCUGCUUUGUCGUUGUAUAAGAAACCAGCGUGUGACUUUCCUAGAUAACACUGCUUUCUCAUAAUAAAGACUGUUUGCAUUUGA